AGUGGGUGUGGCUUGUUUUCAGGAGAAGUCCAGUCAUACUUUUAGUAACUGAACUAUGAUGGCUAGUCAAGCUAACUCACUUCGUCGAAGCUCCUCAGUUUCCAUCGGAGAGCAGUCUGAAACAGCCUACGAGUACCUUUGUAGGCAGGAAGAAGCAAAAAGAUGGUUGGAGAGUGUGCUGAGCUGUGAGCUCCCUGGUGCUCCUGCCCUUGAAGAAACGCUUCAGAAUGGGGUAAUCCUCUGUAAGUUGGGUAUGAAGCUUCUACCAGACGAUCAAAUGUGGAAUAGGGUAUAUGACCUUGAUCAGUCCAAGUUCAAGAAUAAAGGACUUGACUACCGCUACACAGACAAUAUAAACUUCUGGUUGGCUUCUCUUCAAAAGCUUGGGCUUCCAAAGGUAUUCUACCCUGUAAUGACAGACAUUUACCACAAGAAAAACAUGCCAAAACUCUUCUACUGUUUGCACGCAUUGAGCCAUUUGCUGAAAGGAAAAGGGAUGGUGCCAAAGGCAGUGGAUGACCUUUAUGGCACUGCUAAGUUUCCACACGAUGCUAUUGUGCUGACAACUCAAACGCUGAGGGCCGGUGACAGAACUAUGCCCACAUUUGGUUUGGUCGAAAAUCUCGUAGAGGAAGAGCUUCAAUACAUGUCGAUGGGACUGUGUGAAUCGUAUGAGGAGGAGUUGCCUGCUUCCCCAAAUGAUGUGCGUGUAGCUCCAUUGGCAGGCAGGCCACUCUUCGAUGAUCCCAAGUACAUGACUACCAAUCAAGCCAAGCAACAAGUUGUUGAAGAUGAGGAUGGGCUGAUUGGGACAGUGCCGUGUGUAUCUGCUCAAAUCACUGCUAGUCUCUACGUCAGGCGAAGUGCUAUAAGAAAGAGCUCAGCCAACUUUACUUCAUUGGAAAACAGCUUGAGCACCUUGAAUAUCACAUUGGAGAAAGAUGACCCUCAGGAAACAUUGAAAGCAUUGCAAAAUCCUGAUGCUAACUUUCCCUUUGUGUAUCGUGACAAAGAAGCAGACAAAUACCACAAAGCAUUGAUAGAACAGAAGAAAUGUGGAAUGCCACAAUGUUUGCUGCCUGUGUUUGCUGGUGUGGACAGAGAAAUGUGUGAGAACCUUUUAGAGAAAAUGAGCCCCGGGGCUUUUGUUGUGAGAAGCAGCCAAACAGUUAAUGGAGCAUAUGUGUUCUCUUUCAAGAACCUUACUGGGAUUAAACAUUGGAAAUUAUCAACAAAAGCUGGAAAAUUCUACUGGGGCACAAGUUCACUCCAUGCAUCUCUAGAGUCAUUCAUAGAGAGUUUUGUGAAGGCUCUUGCUGAAGCUACCAAGUUGCUCAUCUAUUGUGGGAUGACCUCUGUAUUACAACCAGUGUUCACAUCCACUGACUGUGAAGCUACAGUAACUUCCAUGAGGGAUUCCGACGACUCUCUGUCCUACGGCCAAGUCUGCCAUGUCAUCAAGGAAGUCAAUAACUCCAUUCGGAGGGGAAGAAUAUCAGUAAAUGAGUCCAGUCUUACACACAGCAGUGUCCGUGACGAUGCUUGGGACGAGUCGAUGAUCGUCAGUCUCAAUAGAUUGGAGGCAGAGGCAGAACUUGAGCUCAAGGGAAAACCUGGGUCGUUCCUUGUUAGACCUAGUGAAAGAUCUCCAGGGGAUUAUGCACUAGCAUUCCGUACAAAUACAGACACAAGACACUGGAGAAUUGUCAAGAACAGCGGACGGUUCUAUGUGCACCCAAGACCAAAUCCGUAUAACUCACUGCCAGAAAUAAUACAGCACUUCAAAGAUGCAGUAGGCCAAGAAACCGGCUUGAAUAUGGUACCUUUGAGCCCAAAACAACCUUCACCUCAGCAUAUUGGAAAAUCUCAAACAUUGCAACCCCCUUCUAUACAAAGGCCAAUUAGUACUGUUGGUAUUCCUUCACUGUCACUGUCCAAGUUGAAUCCUGCAAACCUGACAAGCUGGAGUGUAGAUGACGUGAGUUGCUGGUUGACUCAGCAAGGGUUGGGACGGUUUGUAGAAGUAUUCCAGAACAAUGCAGUGGAUGGAGAAUGUCUACUAGCUCUUGACAAUACGUUGGUGAAAGAUGACCUUGGCAUAACUGCAUUGGGACAUAGAUCAAGGAUACUGAAAAGAGUUCAAGACCUGAAAGAACAAUUUCAUCCACAGCUGAGCUGAUUUAACUCUUUCGCUUUGUAUUCUGAGUGUUUUUUGUAUUAAAUUUUAGUGUGUUAAUUUUUGUAGUUCUGUUUCCUUUUUAUAAUUUGUAAUAAUAAUAAUUAUUAUGCACUAGAAUAUAAUUGUAGUGCUUUGUAGAUCUAUAUAGAGCUGCUGUAACAUGAUAGUUAUAAUUGUACCAUUAAUUAUAAUGAA